AUGAGCGACUACAACUACAUCCUUAACCUGUUACGCGCUCAAAAGGAUAUGUCUGAAAGACUAGCUGUUCUUGAAGAAGUUUUGCGAGAUACUGAACGCAAUAUUGGCAUGCUGGAAAAGAAGAAUGAGCUCUUGAGAGAGAUUAGAGGUGGCUUGGGGAAUCAUGACGAGGUGGAAAAAUAUGGGGACGACGCCGUUGAGCGUAAUGUUUGGAUAGGCAAAGAGACUGAACAUCCUAUCAAGAUCAUUCUAACACAAAACCCGUAUGUUGAGUGUGAAGAAAGGAGACUCAGGGGGGAAACAUGGGGCUGUAGGGUGGACGACGGCCACUAUUCUUCUGCUACCUCAGUACCCUUCUAUGAGCAUCAAAGGCGAACUCCGACUAUGAAAAGCGACAGUGAAACCGCAGGAGUAGCUGACAAGCCUUUUGAGCGAAGUAAUGCACCGUCGCCAGAUGAACAUCACCAUCGAGAACGGCGUUGGGAAGCGGCAAGAGAGCAAGAAAGAGGUAGCCUACGACAAAUCCAGACCGAGAUGACAGUUCUUGACCUGAUUGCACGAAUUGAGAGACUAGAAGAUUCGAGUAUGUCAGAACGGGGAAACGGCAAUAAUAAUAUCCGACUAAGAGGUGGUAAGGGAGUGUACGACAAGGACAGGGGAUUUUUCUGCGACUCUGGCGGCUAUAUCAAGUGGAGCGAAGUUGACGCGAAAAGAGCUGCGGAGGCUCAAGUCCAAGCCAGUAAGGAAAACCCCAAGGUGAUCAUUGCCGAGGACGGACAUCGUACCGCCAUUCUUGCCUCGUCACGCCGUCCAUGUCAUCAGGUCAGAUCUCAAGCUGGCGACGUGAAACCGCUGACCCCACAGGCCAGAAGCGGAGCAGGUGAGGAUAUUCAUCAAGCUAUUCAGAGACAGACGUCAGUGAAUCUCGGACUUGAAAAUGAGUCCAAUAGUAUAUAUGGGCGCUUAGGACAAGAGUCCAUGUUAUCUUUUCUCACUGCUCCUCGGCCUGGAGAUGAUUAUACAGAUGCUUCCAUAGCGCUGGCUACUGUAUUGCGGACGAGGAACUACUUUCUGGAGCGUGAACUACAGGACUUCAAGGAGAUGAACGAUAGUUUGGUUCAAGGCAGGAAUUGGCAGAUGAGUAUGCAGGAUGAGUUGGAGAAGAGGCUUGAGGCUGUGAAAAUUGAUAGGGACGACAUAUUCGAUGAGCUCAAGUCGUUGAGAAAGAGGUGGGAAACACUCGUGGAGGUUUUUGUAGAAUCCGAGAAUCAGAAAAGGGAGUGGAGGAGUUGCAAUGAAGAUACACGAUUCCCUGAGGUGACGAUGCGUGGAGGGGGCGAAGAGUCGGGAUUGAAUCUAACCCAGGAAGGAAAUACGGAAGAUAUGGUUCCACCGGAUUACCCCGAGUCCUUUCCCAUCUCUUCUGAGUCAUCGGACUACGCUAGCGAGUAUGGUGCUUCGUUCCAAUCCCCCCCAGAAAUCGCAACCACGAAUUUCGACUUCUUCGCACGAGAGUCCACGAUCAUCUUUGGUGGCGAUUCUCCACAUAUCUAUCAGUUCCCGAGCAAGUUCACGUUGCCGCAGAUUCGUGAACUUCUAGAGUCUGAAAAUGUCAAAGAGAGGACUAGAGACGAUGUGUACGUUUCGCGCGUACUGGAAAUUUUGAAAAUCCGCGAGGAUAUGGGCUUGAAGCUUCCAGGUAACCUGAAUGAAGAGCGAGUUAGUAUUGGGCUCCCUGACGUGCCAAUUCGUGUUCAUCGCGACAACAAUCUAAACAUCGGAGCAUGGCAGACAGUAGAUACGGAUAUAAAGGAUUCGGAGAAAUCAGUGCAGCGAAUCGAUAUCAGCUCAAGCCUAGCGGUUGGAGCCAAAGAGACUUCACUCAAGACAUCAUCAAGCGAUGAAGGAGACACAUACCAGGAUAUCAGCGGCUUAUUCAACUCACUGAACGAGCCAUACACAGAUCUUAAUGAGCGAGAGAUUGGAUUUGCUAACUUUUGUGCAUGUGCAUCCUGUACAAAAGAUGGACGGAAAACCUACUUCAACAUUUGCGACAUGCAGCCCUUAUCGACAGUUCGCGUCCGCCGCGGCGGAGAUGACCUCUAUGAGAGCUACACCACUUCGUCGUAUUCUUCGGGAAGCCCCCACUUAUCUUCUCUUCUCUCCUCGUCACCUUCACCAGUUCUUGAGGCCCGUCUCACGGCGCCCUUUCGAUACGGCAAUCACACUUCCACCCACAACACCCUUGAAACUUCCAACAAGUAUGAAAGUGCCAUCACAAAAGGACCCCUGAGCACUCGUCUCGCCAAGCUCCUAUUUCCGCCUAGUCUCGCUCAAGGACGCGAAGAUAGCAUCCGCCGCUUCAACUGGCGCCAUGUCAAGCGCAUGAAUCCCCAGUUCAAGAACAAAUGCUCACGAGGCUUCCGGUAUAGAAAGAACCCGCUGUGUGAGGACUGGGUGAAUCAGCUAGACAGACAUCUCGAGUAUUGUGACUACUGUCAAGCUAUGCUUAUCGAAGAGGAGCGUUUGAUACAGAAAGAGGGUGAAGCGGAGAAUUCCAGGCAUGAGCAUGACGCGCCUGUACCUAACAUUGGAGUAACAAGGCCAUGGGACAACGGUAGCUGGCCUAGUGAUUUCUACGACGCCCUAUCUCCAGCUGUACAAGUUCCCGAUUCGCGGUUACGAGGCGACGCGGGUCACGAAGACGAGAUGAAAUGUGAGGGAAAGGACAUAGAACACUGGAAGGCGGAGUGGCACGAUCUUUCCGCUCAGGCUCGGGGCACGAAAUGCAUGUCCCGUGCGUAUCGUAAUUCGAGUUCUCGUUCCACGAAGACGCAAAUCCAGCCCAUGGAGCCUAUUUCGAGAGACUUUGGAUCACGAUGGAAAUUGAGGGAGGAGAGGGAUGGUCUGGACGUCGGGGUUGAUGAUCCGCACAAGAGUUGUGUAGGAGUACUUGACCAAGGAUGUUUAGAAUGGCGGGUCCCGACUGUAGCUGGUCCUGUGGAUCUGGUUCGGGAGGCUCUUGUGUGGUUAAUCUGGGAUGAAGAGGAGCGUAUGAAGGAUCUAGACAGUUGGGCGUGA